CUUGAGGGCAGAGAGGUUAGGGAGCCGGCAUGGCGAUCCGGUCAAUAAAAUCGAUAGCUGGAAGCUGCCUGUGUUCCAGGCAAAGGCGGUGCAGUGGUAGCGCCGCCAUUUUCCCCGAAGGCAUCUUCCGGUGCCUUUCACCCAAGUUCGAGCCGGAGUUUCCUGAAUAACAGCGAAAGGUUUCCGUUAGCCCUACGGGCGCCUGAUUCCGAUUCCCUCCACCCUCCCCGGCCACGCUCAGCACUGGUCCGGUGGAGGCUCCUAAAUCCAAGGGCCCGCCAGCGCCCAAGGGCUGCAGCCAGGACCGGGAAGGCCGUGGUGCGCCGGCUUCUCGGGUCCAAUGGCGCCGCCUUCGGCUCCGCUAGCCGCGGGGGGAGGACAAGCUAGACCCAGUCGGAGAAGGGGAAGGAGGUCGAGGGCUGUGAAGUUCGUGGACGUGGCCGUGUACUUCUCCCCGGAGGAGUGGGGUUAUCUGCGGCCCGCGCAGAGGGCUCUGUACCGGGACGUGAUGCGUGAGACCUACGGCCACCUGGGCGCGCUCGGGUGCGCAGGUCCCAAACCAGCCCUCAUCUCCUGGUUGGAACGAAAUACCGAUGAUUGGGAGCCAGCUGCCCUAGACCCGCAGGAGAACGCAAGAGGGGUAACGAUCCAGAGAAAAACCAGAACCAGAAAGAAGAAUGGGGAGAAGGAAGUAUUCCUACCCAAGGAGGCACCCCGCAAGGGAAAGCGAGGCCGGCGGCCUAGUAAACCCCGAUUGAUUCCCAGGCAGACAUCUGGGGGCCCCAUCUGCCCAGAUUGUGGCUGUACCUUCCCUGAUCGCCCGGCCCUGGAGAACCACAAGUGUGCUCAGAAUCUGAAAAAGCCUUACCCUUGCCCAGACUGUGGGCGCCGCUUUUCCUACCCAUCCCUGCUAGUCAGUCACCGGCGGGCACACUCUGGUGAGUGCCCCUAUGUUUGUGACCAGUGUGGCAAACGUUUCUCCCAGCGCAAAAACCUCUCUCAGCACCAGGUUAUCCAUACAGGCGAGAAGCCCUACCACUGCCCUGACUGUGGCCGCUGCUUCCGUAGGAGCAGGUCUUUAGCCAAUCACCGGACCACGCACACAGGCGAGAAACCCCACCAGUGUCCCAGUUGUGGACGUCGCUUUGCCUACCCCUCCCUGCUAGCCAUCCACCAGCGAACACACACAGGAGAGAAGCCCUACACCUGCCUAGAAUGUAACCGCCGCUUCCGCCAGCGCACUGCCCUAGUCAUUCACCAGCGCAUCCACACUGGUGAGAAGCCCUACCCAUGUCCAGACUGUGAGCGGCGUUUCUCCUCAUCCUCUCGUUUGGUCAGUCAUCGGCGUGUACACUCUGGUGAGCGUCCCUAUGCCUGCGAGCACUGUGAGGCCCGCUUCUCCCAGCGUAGUACACUGCUCCAGCACCAGCUCUUGCACACAGGAGAGAAGCCCUAUCCCUGCCCAGACUGUGGACGUGCCUUCCGGCGGAGCGGCUCCCUGGCCAUACAUCGCAGCACGCACACUGAGGAGAAGCUGCAUGCCUGUGACGACUGUGGCCGCCGCUUUGCCUACCCCUCACUGCUGGCCAGUCACCGGCGUGUGCACUCAGGCGAGCGGCCCUAUGCCUGCGACCUUUGCUCCAAGCGCUUUGCCCAGUGGAGCCAUCUAGCUCAACACCAACUACUGCAUACUGGGGAGAAGCCUUUCCCCUGCCUUGAGUGUGGCCGAUGCUUCCGCCAGAGGUGGUCUCUGGCUGUCCACAAGUGUAGCCCCAAGGCCCCAAACUGUAGCCCUAGAUCUGCUCUUGGGGGGCCCAGCCAGAAGGGCAAUGCCCUUUAGAAUGAGAAAGACCGCAUAUGUUCAUUUCACUUCAUAGCAAGGUCUAGAAAAGAGGAGCCCUAGGUCACACAUGGCAGAGUCAGAACUAAAACCCAGGUCUGCUGCACAGCUCUGUGUGUCUAUUAUAGUCCCAGUAGGAGUGGUGACAUUUUGUUAACAUUUUCCAAGCUACCGUAGCCUAGCCUAUUUCAGUGGCUGCCUGCUUUUCUAGUUUGUGCAUAUAGGGAUUACCUGUCCCCUUGCAUGCAGUCAGGAGAAUCCCAUUUAUAGGAGCAGGACCUUCUACUCUGCCUUUUCCUCUAUACCAGGUUGGAAAAUCCUGGUUUGGCCCACUUUUUAUAACACUCCUGCCAAGUGGUCUUGCUUGAAAACUUCCCUUGACAGGGUGGCUCACUACCUCACAAGGCACGUCAUUUCAUGUGGGAUAGCGCUGGUCUUUAGAAGGUUGUCAAGUACCACAUUCUCUUCUCUAAACCUUGUAUAGGAUAUAUUUAAAUACUUCAUCUAGGCCAGGUGCAGUGGCUCAUGCCUGUAAUCCUAGCAUUCUGUGAGGCUGAGGUGGGUGGAUUGCUUGAACUCACAGGUUCGAGACCAGCCUGAGCAAGACCCUGUCUCUAGCUGGGCAUGGGCAGUGCCUGUGGCUCAGUGAGUAGGGCGCCGGCCCCAUAUGCCCAGGGUGGCGGGUUCAAACCUCAGCCCCGGCCAAACUGCAACCAAAAAAUAGCCGGGCGUUGUGGCGUGCGCCUGUAGUCCCAGCUACUCCGGAGGCUGAGGCAAGAGAAUUGCUUAAGCCCAGGAGAUGGAGGUUGCUGUGAGCCGUGUGACGCCACGGCACUCUACCCGAGGGUGGUACAGUGUGACUCUGUCUCUACAAAAAAAAAAAAAAAAACUAGCUGGGCAUUGUGGCGGGCACCUAUAGUCCUAGCUACUUAGGAGGCUGAGGCAAGAAAAUCGCUUAAGUUCAAGAGUUUGAGGUUGCUGUGAGCUGUGACACCAUGGCAUUCUACCAAAGGCAAUAUAGUGAGACCCUGUCUCAAAAAAAAAAAAAAAAAAAAUUCUGUGUCCUAAUUAAUUCAAUCCCAAAUUCCCCACCAAUUGUUUACAUCGUUUCUCAAGAAAUUCAGUUAGGGGCAGCGCCUGUGGCUCAAAGUAGGGCACUGGCCACAUACAUUGGGACUGGUGGGUUUGAGCCCAGCCUGGGUCUGCUGAACGACAACUGCAACAAAAAAAUAGCCAGGCAUUUUGGUGGGUACCCAAAUUCUACCAGGGUACCCAAACUCUUGGGUCCCAGCUACUCAGGAGGCUGAGGCAAGAGAACUCCUUGAGCCCAAGAGUUUGAGGUUGCUAUGAGCUAUGACACCAUGGCACUACCAAGGGCGACAAAAUGAGACUGUCUCCAAAAAUAAAUAAAUCAUCUACAGGGCAGCCCUUCAGAUCGCUUAAUCACAACUACUUUGCCUCCAAGUUUUCAGGUUAUAUAGCACUAAUGUGAUCAAUCAUUCCUAAGACGGUUUCAAUUCCCACAUGAUAUCUCUCCAAAUGCACUAUUUUUCCAAUGUUCCGUUAAAGGGUCAUACAAAAAUAAGGCAGUACCCAGUGUACACCGUAUACUUCCUUGUUCUGUAUUUGUUUCAGCAGCCCUAGGUUGCACUGGAUUUUGGGGCAGCUGCACCAUACCAGGGGUUCGUGUUGCAGACAUCUGAAUGCCCUAAAUUAAAAAAAAAUGCUAUAGCUCUAAGUCUUAUUUGCCCUGUGUUUGGAAGAUUUGUUCUACGUUCAAGUUAGGUAUGAGACUUAUGAGUGCAGUAAGCUUUGGGAGAAGGUUGAUCUUACGGAGAAACUAGGAACUUAUGUUCUAGUAGCAAGAAAUAAAAACGCGACUGGCUUGUGCUUCAUCUGGUAGACUUAGAAUAGUUCCAGGCAGACCAGUGGCUAGAAAAUCCUGAAGAACAGGGUCUUACUCCUCCCUGGAUCUCAUCAGAAUUAGGAGAAUCGGUACAGAAAUGUCUAUGAAGCCUCAGUUAACAUCUUUUUCAUAAAAUGAGGUAAGGCCUUUCAAGGAUGAUAGAAAGGUAAUUGAUACAAAGAGGAAGAGUCUGUCAACAAAUUGCAACCAUGCUGCCUCCUUUCUGAGGAGCAGCAGGAGCAGCAGUGUCUUAAUCUUUGAUAUGCCUCCAUAGCUCAGUAAAGCUUUACCGAAUUAAAUGUGAACAAGGCCCACCACUUUGCCUUCCGCAGCUGCACCAAAUCGGAAUUUGGUUUUUUUUUUGAGAUAGUCUUUUAACUUUGUCGCUUUUGGUAGAGUGCAGUGGCAUCAUAGCUCACAGUAACUUCAAACUCUUGGGCUCAAGUGAUUUUCUGGCCUCAGCCUCCCAAGUAGCUGGGAGUACAGGCACCUGCCAUGCCUGGCAAGUUGGAAUUUCCAAAUGUGACUUCUCAUAUUCCAACAGCUGGAGUGUGUCAUUCUCCUCCACGUUGCUUUUUCCUGCAGCUCUCCUGAUCUCAGUCCCACAGCGUGGGAGCUGCUGAGGAGCACAGCAUUGUGUAAUUACCUCUGUUCUGUUCCUGUUCAGCCAGUGUGUAUUGUAACCUGUUUCUCCUUGGAUGAUGGGCUACCCCCUGGUAGGAAUCAUACCAGAAUGGGUCUCAUUAAAAUGUCUGAUAAAUGAAUUAACGUUCCUUGUGGAAUUACUGUUCACAGAAUGUAAAUCUAGGUCCUUGACUUAGAAACUUUUACUGUUCUAAUGGAGAAGGGCAGGGUAGUCCAGGAGGCCUGCCUACACUAGCAGAGACUGAAGAGAACAUCUGCCCAGACCCCUAAGGUAGAACUGGCUCUUGUCUAACCUUUAUCACCAGCCUAACCUGAAUAUUUCCUUACCUUAGAACUCUUUCUUUGGGACUGCAUUGUAAUUCAUAAAACUUGGUAGCCCUUGGUUUCUCCAUUUUUAGUUUUAUGGUUUCAGAGUCUUUCUCCUAUCCCAAAUACACUACAGCCUAUAAAUAUGCUAGGAUAAGUCUUUAAAACAAUAAAAACUUCCCUCUGUCCCCAUCUCCUAUUUUUAGCUAAAUUUCCUGAAGCAGUAGCCUACAUUCACUGUAUCCAUUUCUGCUCUUUAGCUUAUUGCAGUAUUAUUAAUAGCAACUUGAUGGAGCUUUUAUGAUGUGUUAAGCACUUUAUAUAUAUUCCAAUCUUAUGUUUACAAGAACCCCAUAAAGUAGGUGUUAGGAGAUAACACUUCCUUGGGUCUCAUGUUCCCCAACAUCUUGCUGAAUAUGCCAAAAAUGCAAAGUCUUGCCCUCAACAAAUUCCAAGAUGAGCCUAUUCACAGACCUACCGCCCCUUGAAUGAAGGAUGGCCCUGGUGUCCUUCAUGGACAUACCUAAAAGGACCAUACCGGGCGGCGCCUGUGGCUUAGUCGGUAAGGUGCCGGCCCCAUAUACCGAGGGUGGCGGGUUCAAACCCGGCCUUGGCUGAACUGCAACCAAAAAAUAGCUGGGCGUUGUGGCGGGCGCCUGUAGUCCCAGCUACUCAGGAGGCUGAGGCAUGAGAAUCGCUUAAGCCU